AGCCGAUUCCGUUCCCGGGUCUGUAGUUGAGUUGGCAAAAAUACAUGCAUAAUCUGUUUGUCUGUCUUUCUAUAGUGUGACAAAUUAAAAACAAACAAAGUAAUCAUGGCAGAAGAGACUGUAGUUCUUCUUUUAUUGGUGAUAGUAAUGCUCGUUGGAUCCUAUGUAGCUGGAAGCAUACCAAUGCUAAUGAAAUUAAGCGAGGAAAAGUUGAAGUGUGUCACUGUGCUUGGCGCUGGUUUAUUGGUGGGUACUGCUUUAGCUGUAAUUAUACCAGAAGGUAUUCGUUCAUUGUAUAUGGAUAGUGAACGAACGACAGAUUUGACGACUGGUCGAAAACCACAAGACUACUCACAAACUAUAGGACUUUCCCUAGUACUUGGUUUUGUCUUCAUGAUGUUGGUUGACGUGUCCCAACGGAGGAGCAAUAUUGGAAAUGACGAGAAAAAUACAGCCACCCUCACUCUUGGUCUUGUGGUACAUGCAGCAGCUGAUGGAAUUGCGUUAGGUGCUGCUGCAACGACGAGUCAUCAGGACGUUGAAAUAAUAGUUUUCUUAGCUAUUAUGCUACACAAGGCACCUGCAGCAUUUGGCUUGGUUAGCUUUUUGCUUCACGAGAAAGUCGAGCGACAACAAAUUCGUAGACAUUUGGCACUUUUUUCCUUAUCAGCCCCUCUUCUGACGAUUUUAACGUAUUUCGGAAUUGGUCAGGAGCAGAAGGAGACCUUGAAUUCAGUGAAUGCAACUGGAAUAGCUAUGCUAUUUUCCGCCGGAACUUUUUUGUAUGUUGCCACUGUGCACGUUCUCCCGGAGCUGACACAAGGUGGCCAUCACCAUCAUAAAGUUACCACUUCCCCUCAGUUUGAGUAUCGGGUAUUGGAGGAAUCUCGAGAUGUCGGGCCUAUUGACAAGAACGGUAUUGGUGCCGCGAGUAACUCUCAGUGUCAUAGUAUACAGGCUUUACGAUAUAGUGAGCUAGUAAUUAUGAUAUGUGGUGCGCUGCUACCGCUUAUCAUAACUUUUGGACAUAAGCAUUAAAAUAAGCACUCGCACACGGAAACAUUCCAGCGUUCCUGCAUCGCGCGUUAGUAAAUGUAUAUGUUGAAUCUAUGGACUUA